AUGAUUCCUAAGCCGUGUGGAGUGCUUGCUGUGCCUGCACCUGUCCUGGAAGAUGAAGAUGGAACUGAUGACAAACCGGGAGCCCUUAGAAUUUUCCGGGCAAAGAGGACCAUUACUGGCAGAUCCUGGGAGUCGUUGCUUAAUUCUCAGAGGGUAGCUGCAAUUCGGAAGUGGGCUGGUAUAAUCAUGUCUUAUUUGAACUUUUUCGAAAUUGGUCGACAGUGGGAUCGUUUGACACCAAUGGGACAAGCGCUUGGCGAUGGGCUGAAGCACAUUUUUGCAGGCAAAGCAACAGGGACACUACAUGCUAGGGCCAGCCCCAUCCUGCGAUACGUGUUGUGGUGUGACAACAAUGGCAUACCUGCUUUUCCUUUAAGUGAACCUGCUGUUUACAGAUUCAUGUGCGAUCAUUCUGACACUGCUGCACCAACUUUUCUUCGUUCAUAUUUGGUUGCUGUCAGAUUUUCAUUUCAUGUGCUUGGAGUGACUGGUGGCGAGAGCGUCCUCAAUAGCAAGAGGGUUGAGGGGUGCGCUCGAGAGGCAUUUUUGAAGAAGAGGCGGACUCUGCAGAAGGAUCCUCUCACUGUUGCAAUGGUUGAACAUUUGGAAAGGGUCGUCAUGACUGACAGGUAUCUGGACAGGGAUAAGGUGGCCGCUGGAUGCUUCCUACUGUGUGUAUACUUCAGGGCACGAUUUUCUGACAUGAUGAACUUGCAGGACCUCAUAUUGGACGAGGUUAUUGUUGACGGUGUUGCUCAAGGUUACAUUGAAGGAAAGGUCGGACGCACAAAAUCGGCCUACACCACUGAAAUGAAAACCAGAUACCUACCGAUGGUUGCGCCACGGUAUGGUGUCACUGGCUUGGAUUGUUUCACCUCCUGGAGAGAGGCUUGCGUCAGAUCUGGGAAACCGAGAGGGGAGUCCAUGCCAAUGCUGCCAUAUCCAACUGCAAAUGGGUGGACCAGAUCGCCUGUCGGAGCAGGUGAAGGUGCUGAUUGGCUUCGACAAGUGCUCCGUGUGUCUGGCAUUCCAAUGGACGCCCUUGCAAACAUUGGGACGCACUCGUUGAAAACGACAACAUUGAGUUGGAUGGCCAAGUUCGGGGCUCCAAUCAGCAUCCGACAGCACCUGGGCUACCACAUGGCCAACGCAGACAAGAUGGCCUUGCUGUACUCAAGGGACGCCUCAGCUGGUCCCAUCCGGCAGUUGGAAGAAUGCAUUGCCCAUGUCAGAAGCAGGACUUUUCUGCCCGAUUCCACUCGGUCUGGGUACUUUCCUGGGCGUGUUAUGAGCGUCGAGCCAAAUGCAGGUGCUGACAGUGGAUCGCAGCCUCCUGAAGAGCAUGCGCAUGCAGACUGGAGCGAAUCGGACUCUGAAGAUUCGGGAGACGACGAGCAUGGCUAUGAGGCAAACCUGCUGGACUACUUGGAGCAUGACAGGUUGGAGACAGGUGAACCCCGGAAGGUCCCGUGUUGUGAUCAGAGGAAGCCGUUUUUGGUUUACACAGAUGGCGCCAGUGAAAGCAGUGGGCACACCAUUGGUGGAGUUUUUGCUGCCGAUGGGAAGUUCGAAUACUUUGCAUGUGCGGCCGUGGAGUUAACGUUACUCUUUGUGGCUUUCCUCCAAGACGAUCAGAAUCGCCUGGACCUUGACCGAUGCGAACAGGUCGAAGCUAUUCAAACGGUGUUCUACACCGUGUUACUUCAAUGUGGAGAUGCCAUUUUCCUGCAAUCUGCCAAACUGUAUUGGCGCGCUACUGCCAGCAGCCUCGCUAUGCUUGAGGGCCAGCACUGUGCAACUAUCGACACCCCGACUCAGAUCGACCGACCCGAUCGCCCGCUCCAAUGCCUGGCGACGCUUUCAGAUCAACGAUUCCAGCACCUUACACAUCAUAUUGAUGAUGCAAAACUGGGAUUGCAUGAGUUCUCUGCAUUUUUACUCGCCAAUGGGCAUCCGCAAUCCCUACACGAUCAUGCACAAGAUUGUUUGCUGAUUCUUGACGAUCUGAGUCAUAUGUUGGGCCUUCCUCGGACACCCCGUGAGGCCAACCAUCCUGGUUUUGCCCGAGAAGCUCCAUGA